UGUUUUCUCUCCACACAACCUCUAAAACUUCUGUUUCUAUUGACGGGCCAAAAAAAAAGAAAAAACGAAAGAAACAAAGAAAGAAGGAAAAACGGUGGGGCAAAAGAAAUGGUCGUUGUAGAUGAUGACAUGGUGGAGAUGAGCAUCAUGGCCGCCUCUGGAGCUCCUUCUUCUUUUUCUUCUGCUCAAUUCCUUGAUGCUUAUCCCAAAAGGGUUUUGAUGGAGGGGAGAUAUACUGGGGAUUGAUUGAUUUGAUUGAAGGUGUUUGUAAUUGAAUUGUUUGUAUUGGGAAUGGCAAAACAUACAACCCCACCAGCAACAAAAAACAUCACCAAGGAGAUGAGCUAAGAAAUGGGAGAUUCUCUCCUCACAGCCCUUUCAAUGGAGAAUCACCACCCGUCAACACUCUUGUCCAUGGAUUCCAGCGCCUCCUCACACGACGAUUUGGAUUUGGAGAUGAAUCGACAAAUCAUUCUUCACCGUCCACCAGAUAUCAAUUUACCCUUGUCGGCGGAGCGCAGUCCACCUCUGCAGCCAUGGAAUAUGGACCCCUGUGAUAUUUUAGACGUUGGGCUUGGUCCACAAGUUUAUGAGACUGAGAGUUUUCUUACCAUCCCCAAGGCUGGAAGGAAAUGUGCCAAGCGGGUUGAUAGCAUCUGGGGUGCCUGGGUUUUCUUCAGCUUUUACUUUAAACCCACGUUGAAUGAGAAGUCAAAGGCAAAGAUUAUCAGGGACAGCAAUGGAGUGUCGGGGUUUGACAAAUCUGAUCUCAAUCUUGAUGUUUUCUUGGUUCAGCAUGACAUGGAGAAUAUGUACAUGUGGGUUUUCAAGGAGAGACCAGAGAAUGCAUUGGGCAAGAUGCAGCUUAGGAGUUACAUGAACGGGCAUUCUCGUCAAGGAGAGCGUCCAUUCCCAUUUAGUGUUGAUAAGGGUUUCGUACGAUCUCACAGGAUGCAACGAAAGCAGUAUAGGGGUCUGUCAAACCCCCAGUGUGUGCAUGGGAUCGAGGUCGUUCCAUCACCCAAUCUCAUGGGUCUUGAUGAGGAAGAGCGGAAGAGGUGGAUGGAGCUCACAGGCCGGGACUUGAACUUCACAAUUCCACUAGAAGCGAGUGCUUUUAGUUCAUGGAGAAGCCUUCCCAACACAGAUUUUGAGCUUGAGAGGCCAGUUCCCUCGAUAAAGAGUGCCUUGAAUUCCCACUCAAAGAAAUUGCUUAAUGGUUCUGGUCUGAACUUGUCAACUCAGCCAUCUAACCAUACCAAUGGAGAUUCAAUGGAUCUAUCACCUGUCAGCAGCAAGAGGAGGAAGGAUUUUUUCCCUCAUGGGAAUGAUGAUGAUGGCUUCUUGGCUGUAAAUCCUCCGUCUGAUAGAAGUACAGAUAUGGAGAUUCACCCUAACGAGCCAAAUUGGUUGAAUGAUUUUAGCGGCGUAAUGAAAAAUGUCUAUGGACCUGUCACUGCUGCUAAAACAAUAUAUGAGGAUAAAGAAGGAUAUCUGAUCGUUAUCAGCUUGCCCUUAGUGGAUCUCCAGAGGGUGAAAGUUUCUUGGAGAAAUACUCUCACUCAUGGUAUCAUAAAGGUCUCUUGUGUGAGCGUAUCUCGCAUGCCAUUCAUCAAGAGACAUGAUAGGACUUUCAAGCUAACAGAUCCAUCUUCUGAACACUGUCCUCCAGGGGAAUUUGUUAGAGAAAUCCCACUUUCAACCCGAAUUCCUGAAGAUGCAAAUGUAGAAGCUUAUUAUGAUGGGCCAGGAUCUGUGCUUGAGAUUAUGGUGCCAAAAUUACGUGUGGGGCCUGAAGAACAUGAGGUUCGGGUUUGCCUUCGCCCUCACUUGGGAGGCAAUGAUCUUAUGUUGACUUGAGAUAGUCGUUUAAUAAGAAUUGUAUGGAUUGUUGCCUUGGUUGGUGCUUCGUAGUUUUACUAACUCUGUACCAUACAGUGUAUUCUAUGAAACGAAAUGCGUAUCUCACACUUUUCUUGAGCAUUUUUUGUUCACUAACUGUUGUGGUAUUUGUUGUGUCCAUGAAUCGGAUCAGCUCUUUUUGUAA